AUAACAUUGAUUGCAACAUUUUUUAAAUCAGUUAUUGUCUCUUUCUCACUGAAUUUAAGUAUUUGAAUCAGACAGCAAUUGACACAACAGUGUGGUGAAGGAAAACACAAACCUCGGAGCAAGAAAUGGAGGAGAGGAUAAACUAUGUGGCUCACUGUCUUGUUCUACCUUAUCCUGCACAAGGACACAUAAAUCCUAUGCUUGAGUUUUCAAAACGUUUGAUUCAGAGAGGAGUGAAGGUCACACUGGUAACUGUUGUGUCCAACUGGAAGGUCGUUAGCAGAAAAAAAUUCACUUCUAUAGAAGUUGGGAGCAUAUCAGAUGGCUACGAUGAAGGAGGCCUUGCAGCAGCAGAGAGCCUUGAGGUUUAUCUUGAAACCUUCUGCAGGGUUGGAGCACAAACUCUCGCUGAGCUUCUUCAGAAGCUUGCAGGAUCAAGCCACCCUCCAGAUUGUGUAAUCUAUGAUGGUUUCAUGCCUUGGGCUCUUGAUGUUGCAAAGAAAUUUGGGCUACUUGCUGCUGCUUUCUUCACUCAGAGUUGCACAACAAACACCAUAUACUUGCAUACUUAUAACAAGUUGCUGAAACUGCCUCUUACACAGACAGAGUAUUUGUUGCCAGGGUUGCCAAAACUUGAAGCUGAGGACUUGCCAUCAUUCUUGAACAGAUAUGGAACCUAUCCAGGUUAUUUUUAUGUUGUUGUGAACCAACUUUCCAAUAUUGACAAAGCAGAUUGGGUUCUUGCAAACACAUUUUAUGAUAUGGAGCGAGAGGUUGUGGAUUGGCUGUGCAAGAUUUGGCCAUUAAAGACAAUAGGACCAACCUUGCCAUCUAUGUACUUGGACAAAAGACUCCAAGAUGACGAGAACUAUGGUAUUGAAAUGUAUGUUCCAAAGUCAGAAGCUUGCAUGAAAUGGCUUGAUGAUAAACCAAAGGGGUCAGUUGUGUAUGUUUCUUUUGGGAGCUUCGCAGGGCCGAAUGUGGAGCAAGCUGAGGAACUAGCUUGUGGUUUAAGAGAUAGUGGAAGUUAUUUCCUAUGGGUGAUUAGAGACUCUGAGCAAGGACAGCUUCCAAAGGGGUUUCUUGACACAUCAGAGAAAGGUUUAAUAGUCAAUUGGUGUCCCCAAUUGCAAGUCUUGACACAUGAGGCUUUGGGGUGUUUUAUCACACACUGUGGUUGGAACUCCACAUUGGAAGCUUUGAGCUUAGGAGUUCCAGUGAUUGCAAUGCCACUGUGGACUGACCAGAUCACAAAUGCAAAACUUAUUAAAGAUGUGUGGAAAAUUGGAGUCAAAGCUGUUGCUGAUGAGAAAGAUAUAGUUAGAAAAGAAACUAUCACACAUUGCAUAAAAGAAAUAUUGGAGACUGAAAAAGGAAAUGAAAUAAAGAAAAAUUCCAUCAAGUGGAAGAAUCUGGCCAAGAGUAGUGUUGAUGAGGGAGGAAGUUCCGAUAAAAAUACUGCAGAAUUUGUGAAUGAAUUCAUAUCAGAUGGCUACGAUGAAGGAGGCCUUGCAGCAGCAGAGAGCCUUGAGGUUUAUCUUGAAACCUUCUGCAGGGUUGGAGCACAAACUCUCGCUGAGCUUCUUCAGAAGCUUGCAGGAUCAAGCCACCCUCCAGAUUGUGUAAUCUAUGAUGGUUUCAUGCCUUGGGCUCUUGAUGUUGCAAAGAAAUUUGGGCUACUUGCUGCUGCUUUCUUCACUCAGAGUUGCACAACAAACACCAUAUACUUGCAUACUUAUAACAAGUUGCUGAAACUGCCUCUUACACAGACAGAGUAUUUGUUGCCAGGGUUGCCAAAACUUGAAGCUGAGGACUUGCCAUCAUUCUUGAACAGAUAUGGAACCUAUCCAGGUUAUUUUUAUGUUGUUGUGAACCAACUUUCCAAUAUUGACAAAGCAGAUUGGGUUCUUGCAAACACAUUUUAUGAUAUGGAGCGAGAGGUUGUGGAUUGGCUGUGCAAGAUUUGGCCAUUAAAGACAAUAGGACCAACCUUGCCAUCUAUGUACUUGGACAAAAGACUCCAAGAUGACGAGAACUAUGGUAUUGAAAUGUAUGUUCCAAAGUCAGAAGCUUGCAUGAAAUGGCUUGAUGAUAAACCAAAGGGGUCAGUUGUGUAUGUUUCUUUUGGGAGCUUCGCAGGGCCGAAUGUGGAGCAAGCUGAGGAACUAGCUUGUGGUUUAAGAGAUAGUGGAAGUUAUUUCCUAUGGGUGAUUAGAGACUCUGAGCAAGGACAGCUUCCAAAGGGGUUUCUUGACACAUCAGAGAAAGGUUUAAUAGUCAAUUGGUGUCCCCAAUUGCAAGUCUUGACACAUGAGGCUUUGGGGUGUUUUAUCACACACUGUGGUUGGAACUCCACAUUGGAAGCUUUGAGCUUAGGAGUUCCAGUGAUUGCAAUGCCACUGUGGACUGACCAGAUCACAAAUGCAAAACUUAUUAAAGAUGUGUGGAAAAUUGGAGUCAAAGCUGUUGCUGAUGAGAAAGAUAUAGUUAGAAAAGAAACUAUCACACAUUGCAUAAAAGAAAUAUUGGAGACUGAAAAAGGAAAUGAAAUAAAGAAAAAUUCCAUCAAGUGGAAGAAUCUGGCCAAGAGUAGUGUUGAUGAGGGAGGAAGUUCCGAUAAAAAUACUGCAGAAUUUGUGAAUGAAUUGAUUCAUCGCCGUGCUGCAUUAAAUUAAUGGGAAAGGAAGUGUUCAUAGAAGUUUUGUGCCACUGCCAAAGUAUGCUAUGUUGAUUCUGCUUAGAAUAAUCAACUUGACAAGGUUGUAAAUUUAAGUUCGUGGUAAAAAUUGUUAGCUUCUGCAUUCUGAAUUUGUAUGUCUUUUAGAACAUCCGUUAUUUUAGCAUGCAA